AUGAUGAAAGAAAAUAACAUGCUAAAAGUUGCAAGAAAGAAUAUCUGUAAAAUCAAGAAUCACUAUAGGAAAAGGAUCUAUACAAAACAGGCAAGGCUCCCUUCACCUGUUAUUUCCUUACAAAACUUCCUAAACAAUCUGAGAAAUUAA